AUGCCCGAGAUGGCCAGUUUUUCUGAAGACGAUCUCAUGCCCAAAGGACCCGAAGAGAGCUUUAUUUGCAAAGGGGCAAGAGGAUUCACGAAAGGAUGUGGAGUAAGAAUUCAGUGUGCUUCAAGCGCUUUGUGCAAUAAUGAAAGAGGCCUAGCUCGUUUCUGGUUCAAACAUUAUAUCGUCAAUGUCAUGUACGCGUGCAUUAUCUUGCAUAACAUAAUUAUCAAUGAUGAAGGUCCAGGAGUUGUCGAUUGGUCCGAUGAUGAAGCCGGACCGAGCACAGGUCGUGCAACCCCGCCGGUCAGUCGAGGUUUACCAUACGAAGUCAUUGAGAGACUACGGGAAAGAGGGGAACAUGCGCAAGCAACAAGCCAUCGUGCACUCAUGUCCGACAUGAUUGAAGAAGUUUGGGCACGUAGAAGUCGUUGA